AUGCCAAAAAUCCGUUCUCAGGGCCUGCGGGUCUGGUAUCAGAAACUUUUGGAACUUUCUUCGCGACACGAUGUCCCUACGCCAGUUAGGGAGCAUAUAGCUCAGGUCUCCAUAGAGCUACCACACCUAGACCCCUCAGAGAUGAGUCUUGAUGAAACCACCCGCGCUUUUGGACUGAAGAAAUCAGACCGCGGUUAUCAGCUUUGGCAAUUUCGAAAGGUUGAGAUCAACCUCCCGGAAAGCUUUUUGUGUAACCUCAAUGCUUUUGAAAGUCUCACUCAACGAGCCAAGGGCACAGAAGCCAGGCUGCGAUAUAAACUCGACACAUUGAUAAGCGCGGUUUAUCAAGCACUAGUCACACAAAACAUGCUAGUAAACGGACCUACCAUCACACUAGCUCAUGAAACAACUGUGAGUUGGGGCCCUAUUAUAUACAAAGACGAGCUAUAUCUUUGUAUAGGCAGGGCCAAUUAUAGCCUUUUUUUUGGUGAGAAAGAUCACCUUGCUUGUCAUAUUGUAAUGAUUGAAGCAGAGACAGUUUUUGGCGACGGCGAUGCCCAACUUUUGGCCUAUAUGUCUAUGAUACAGGCAGAUCGCAAGAAACGCGGGCAGCCCGACUGGACUGUAUAUGGAGUCCUUAGCGAUGGAGAGACCUUCGUAUUCUAUGAUUUGGAUAUGAAUGGCCAGUAUACGGUUGUUUACCUACAAGUACAACGCGAAGGAUGGCAAAUGGUUGCCAACAUGCUCGGUUCCCUCAUCAUUGAAGGGAUGAAAACUUGUUCUUCGCCUGUGCGAUCAAGUCUGGCGAGUAACCCUUCCCCUCGGCACUCUCACAAGCAGACACCGCCUCAACUACCUCCCCUUGGUACUCUUCCGUCAAUUGAAGACAUGAUGAAGACAUGA